AUGACCAUCACAUACGGCAUCAUCGGCACCAACUGGAUCACCACCUCCUGGAUCCUCUCCGCCGCCAAAACCAAACAAUGGACUCUAGGAGCCGUCUACUCCCGCACUCUCUCCCAAGCCAAAGACUUCGGCCAGAAGCACAACUGUAACACUUCCUACGACACUCUCGACGCCCUUGCCGCCGACUCCUCCCUCCAGGCAAUCUACAUCGCCAGCCCAAACAGCCUGCACUACGCCCACGCGACGCAAAUGCUCGAGGCCGGCAAACACGUCAUCCUUGAGAAGCCCGCGACUUCCACGCCCCGCGAGCUGGACGCGUUGUUCGCGCUGGCGGCGCGGAAAGGCGUCUACCUCAUCGAAGCAUACCGACAUAUCCAGGAGGCGAAUUUCAAAAGAUUGCGAUCGCAACUCGUGGAGGAGCAGCGGCUGGGCAGAAUCUACGGCGCGAGCUUCGGGUACGCGUCGUGGAGCAGUCGAUAUUGGGAUGUCCUGACCGGGAGCCAGCCGGUGCCGAACAUCUUCUCGCUGGAAUUCUCCGGCGGCAGUUUGGUCGAUAUCGGAGUCUAUCCGAUUACGUUUGCGGUGGCACUGUUUGGGGCGCCGAGCAAGCAGACGUAUGUGCCGUUUAUGACGAAGUCGGGCGUUGAUGGUGGUGGAGUGGGCAUUCUGCAUUACGAGGGGUUCGGCGUGCAGAUCAAUGCGAGCAAAGGGUAUCGCAGCGCGGCGCUGUGUGAGAUCUAUGGCGAGAAGGGGACGUUCACGAUCAAUGCCGUCUUUGAUGUGGAGAAGGUGGAGUUUUGGGACCCCAAAACUAAAGAGACUUCGCUGGUGGAGGUCGGACCCGUGGCGGAUUAUGAUAACGGGAGUGUGAACAUGUUGGAGGAGGCACAGGAGUUUGCGAGGAUCAUCAAUGAGAAGGAUGAGGCGGCAUUGAAGGAGUUGGAGAGGAUCUCGAGGAUCGUCAUCGGCGUGACGUCGGAUAUGAGGAAACAGGGAGGAGUCAUCUAUCCUGCUGAUAAAGAAUGA